AUGCUCGAUAAUAAGACGGAUUUGACAAAGCCCCACGAAUGGUACCCGCAUGCGCGCUUGAAUCGGCGAAAAGUAAUUUACCACGGAGGUCCGACGAACUCUGGGAAAACGUAUGAAGCGUUGGAACGCCUCAAGCUAGCCAACAAGGGGAUGUACUUAGGACCGUUGCGAUUGUUGGCGGCUGAAAUUUAUGAAAAGCUUACUGCCGCAGGCGUCUAUUGCAAUCUAUACACGGGUCAGGAGCGUCGAGAGAUUCCGUUUGCUACGCAUGGCGCGGCUACUGUUGAGAUGGCUUCAGUUGUUGACGAUUUCGACGUGGUGGUCAUUGAUGAAAUUCAGAUGAUAGAAGACCAGGAGAGAGGAUUUGCAUGGACGAGAGCCUUACUGGGCUCUCGGGCAAAAGAAAUACAUGUCUGUGGAGGGCUCGAAGCGAAAGAGAUCGUUGAGCGAAUCGCAAAAGCAUGUGGUGAUGACUUUGAGCUUCGAACGUACAAACGAUUCGCUGAACUCAAGGUCUCCGUCCAAUGUCUUGCAAAAAGCUUGAAAGACGUCAAUAGCUACAAGAAUGUUCAGGCUGGUGACUGUAUAGUUGCCUUCAGUCGCAACGAUAUUUUUGCAAUCAAACGAGAGAUAGAAACCGCUACAAGCUACAAAUGCUGCGUUAUUUAUGGCUCGCUCCCUCCAGAGACAAGAUCGGAGCAAGCGCGUCGCUUUAAUAACCCUAAUUCUGGCUAUGACAUUCUUGUGGCUUCUGAUGCUAUUGCAAUGGGAUUGAAUCUUAGCAUUCGGCGUAUCAUUUUUAACUCGAUGUACAAGCAUGACGGAACAGGGAUCGUCAGACUUGGCCACUCUGCAGUCAAGCAAAUAAGUGGACGGGCUGGACGAAGAAACAGUCUUUAUCCUUUUGGAGAAGUAAGU